UUCUGUUUGAUUCAUUUUCUUUUUGGUCAGGCCUAUUUUCUCUCUCUCUGUCAGCUUGGUGACACUGUGACAAGCCUGAAAAACCCCCCUUCUUUGCAAAGAAAGAAACUUGAAAAACCCCUUGAAGCGUUUACCUUAGUUCCAGAGAACCUCCUAAACCCUAGAAUUCAAAUCGACGAGACCGAAGUCCAUGUUUUCUUGGCGACGUCGAUUUUAGCACCAGAAAUUCACAGAAUGGGCCGGCCCGAGCCUUGUGUAUUGUUCGCCCAAACCUUCGUUCACCCCCAUCUCGACGAAUACGUCGACGAGGUAUUGUUUGCUGAGCCCAUCGUCAUCACUGCUUGCGAGUUUCUUGAACAGAACGUGUCGUUUGCUUCUCAAGCAGUAACACUUCUUGGGGCGACUUCACCUCCUUCAUUUGCUUUGGAGGUAUUUGUUCAAUGUGAGGGGGAGACAAAGUUCAGGCGCCUCUGUCAGCCUUUCCUCUAUUCUCCUUCUUCAUCAAAUGUGCUAGAAGUAGAGGCUGUUGUAACUAAUCAUCUGGUUGUAAGGGGCAGCUACCGCAGUCUGAGUUUAGUAAUAUAUGGAAACACAGCAGAAGAUCUGGGGCAAUUCAACAUUGAAUUUGAUGAUAGCUCUAUAACUAAUCUUGUUAGCUCGGCUGUGGGAAAGCUUGAAGACCUCCCUCUGGCUUUACAUUCAACUAAUCUGACAAUUGAGGAUUCCAUAUCAGCUUUGAGUACUCUAUGUCUACCUGUUGUGGCAUCAGAUAUAUCUGUUGAAGCUAAUCAAUUAUUACAACUGAUGUUGAAGGUUUGUGAGUUGCCCAAUCUAGGGGAUGCAUUGCAUAACAUUGUCAGCACUGUAGUAUCAGCUGCCACUUCUUAUGUUACCUGCUCUUGGGGAAGAUCCAGUGAUUGUGAAGAGUUGAACAAUGUUCUUAGUGAGGCAAGAACAGAGCUUAUUGAGCUCUAUAAAGUGUAUAAACAAGAAUUGAGGAAUGCAUUAGGUGAAUCAUUGGCAGACAGUGGACUUUUUGAGUCUGAGGCUGAUUUAGUAAAUUCCAAACAGUUGGUGGAUGUGUUAAGUCAGUACUUUUGUUUUAAUAGGGACUUUGUAAGUGAUGGACAUCACCAACUUCCACAGAAUACAAAUGUCAUGCUGGGGUUGAGUGUAGCUCUUCUUUUGUGCUCUGGAAGAGAGAGCUGCUUUCACUUUGUGAGUGGUGGGGGAAUGGAGCAGCUUGUACAUGUUUUUUGUCGUGAUGAGCAGAUUUCUACCGCUACUACAUUGCUGCUACUUGGAGUUGUUGAGAAGGCUACUCAACAUUCUUUCGGGUGUGAAGGAUUUCUAGGUUGGUGGCCACGUGAAGAUGAAAACAAGCUAUCUGGUGUCAGUGAUGGUUAUAGUAAAUUGUUGAAUCUGUUAUUGCAAAAACAGCGUCAUGAUGUUGCUUCUUGUGCAACUUAUGUCCUUCAUCGCUUAAGAUUUUAUGAGGUUGCUUCAAGAUUCGAGUGUGCAGUUUUGUCGGUAUUGGGAGGUCUCUCUACUGUUGGUAGGGUCACAAGUGAUACUUUGGACAUGCUUAUCUGUGCAAAGUCACAACUUAAAAAGCUGUUGAAAUUGAUAAAUUCACGUGGUCCAAUUGAAGAUCCUUCUCCAGUUGCCCGUGCAACCAAAUCAUUGAUUCUUGGUCAAACAGAAGGUGUGCUGUCAUAUAAAGCAUCCAAUAACCUGAUUACUGCAUCAAAUUGUUGUUUCUCAAAUUGGGAUAUCGACUUGCAUUUGCUGGAUCUUCUCAAGGAGAGGGGAUUUCUACCUCUAUCAGUUGCAAUAUUGUCAUCAUCCAUAUUGCGUUCAGAAGUGGGACGUGCUAUGGACGUAUUUGUGGAUAUUGCAUCAUCAAUUGGGGCCAUACUACUUUCCCUUCUUUUUUGUCGCUCAGGCCUAAUUUUCCUCCUACAUCACCCUGAACUUUCUGCAACAAUAAUACAUGCCCUAAGGGGUGCUAAUAAUGUGAAUAAGGAUGCGUGUCUUCCUCUUCGAUAUGCUUCUGUUUCAAUAUCCAAAGGAUUCUUUUGUGCACCACAGGAAGUUGGAAUGAUUGUUGGGACCCAUUUGAGGGUGGUUAAUGCCAUAGACCGUUUGCUUACUGCAUCCCCAAACUCAGAAGAAUUUUUAUGGGUGUUGUGGGAACUAUGUGCUCUUGCAAGGUCUGACUGUGGACGACAGGCACUAUUGGCUUUGGGAUAUUUUCCAGAGGCUGUUAAAAUUUUGAUUGAAGCAUUACAUUCUGCCAAGGAACAAGAGCCAGUUGCUAAAAAUAGUGGAGCCUCACCGCUAAAUAUUGCAAUAUUUCACUCAGCUGCUGAGAUUUUUGAAGUUAUUGUUUCUGAUUCAACUGCAUCUUCUCUUGGAUCUUGGAUUGGACAUGUUAUGGAGCUCCAUAGGGCUUUACAUUCCUCUUCUCCAGGGUCAAAUAGGAAAGAUGCCCCCACACGGCUGUUGGAAUGGAUAGAUGCUGGUGUAAUAUAUCACAAAAAUGGGGCUACAGGUCUUAUACGGUAUGCUGCUGUAUUAGCUUCCGGAGGAGACGCCCACUUGACUUCAACCAUCCCACUAGUGUCAGAUUUGGCAGAUGUAGAGAAUGUUAUUGGAGAUUCUUCCGGUGGUUCUGAUGCUAAUGUUAUGGAAAAUCUUGGAAAGUUUAUUUCUGACAAGAGUUUUGAUGGUGUGAUUCUUCGUGACUCUUCAGUAGCACAGUUGACAACAGCAUUUCGCAUUUUAGCAUUCAUUUCAGAGAACUCAACUGUUGCUGCUACUCUAUAUGAUGAAGGUGUUAUAGCAAUAAUCUAUGCAGUUCUGGUCAAUUGUAGGUUCAUGCUUGAGAGGUCCUCGAACAGCUAUGAUUACCUUGUUGAUGAGGGCACGGAAUGCAAUUCUACAUCAGAUUUACUGUCGGAACGAAAUCGUGAGCAAAGUUUAGUUGAUCUUGUGGUUCCUACACUUGUGUUGUUGAUCAAUUUAUUGCAGAAAUUGAAGGAAGUACAAGAGCAGCACAGAAAUACCAAAUUAUUGAAUGUCCUUCUACGAUUGCACCGAGAAGUAAGUCCGAAAUUAGCUGCAUGUGCAGCAGACUUAUCUUCUCCUUAUCCUGAUUCUGCGCUCGGUUUUGGAGCUAUCUGUCAUCUUCUUGUGUCCGCGCUUGCUUGUUGGCCAGUCUAUGGCUGGACUCCUGGCCUUUUCGACUCCCUCCUUGCUAAUGUUCAAGUUACUUCCUUGCUGGCCUUGGGUCCAAAGGAAACAUGCAGUUUGCUUUGUCUUCUGAAUGAUUUAUUUCCGGAAGAAGGGGUAUGGAUUUGGAAAAAUGGGAUGCCCUUGUUGAGUGCCCUUAGAAAGUUGUCCGUUGGGACUGUUUUGGGUCCUCAGAAGGAGAGAGAGGUCAAUUGGUAUUUGCAUCCUGUGCACCUGGAGAAGCUUCUUAGCCAGUUGAUGCCGCAUCUUGACAAAGUUGCCCAGAUUAUCCAACAUUAUGCUAUCUCUGCACUGGUGGUCAUUCAAGACAUGCUUCGAGUCUUUAUUAUUCGUAUUGCUUGCCAAAAAGCUGAAAGUUGUUCAAUACUUCUGCGGCCCAUAUUCUCAUGGAUUCUUGAUCAUGCUUAUGACUUUUCUUCUCCAUCAGAUGUGGAUGCUUAUAAGGUUUAUAGAUAUCUUGAUUUCCUUGCUAGCUUAUUGGAGCAUCCACGUGCCAAGGCACUAUUGUUAAAGGAGGGUGUGAUUCAGAUGCUAACUAGAGUGCUGGAUAGGUGUUUAGCUGCCACGGAUACGGAUAGAGUAGAGAUUCUAGAUGGUAGAAGUUCAGCUAAAUUUGAAUUCGGUUUGCUUAAUUGGUCCCUCCCUGUGUUCAAGUCCUUCUCACUGAUUUUUACUUCUCAAGCAUCUCUACACCAUGCUGGGGAAAAUGAUCUGCACAAAUUUGAAAAUUUGAGUACUGAAGAUUGCACAAUCAUUUUAAAAUAUCUCCUCAGAUUUUUUCAGGUUCUACCGGUUGGAAAAGAAUUACUUGCGUGUCUUACUGCUUUUAAAGAAUUGGGUUAUUGUAGUGAAGGUCGAAGAGCUUUAGCAGCCACUUUUGAUUGUGUCUCCUCUGUUGUUGAUGAUCGUGAAAAGGAUGGCAAUGGCAAUUAUAGUCUUCCUAAUGAAUAUGAAUGGAGAAAGAGUCCCCCAUUGUUAUGUUGCUGCAAAAACUUGUUAAGAUCAGUUGACUCAAAAGAUGGUUUGUCAAGUUAUACAAUCGAGGCUGUCAAUGCAUUGUCUAUGGGAUCUUUCAGCUUCUGCCUUGAUGGGGAAAGAUUGAAUCCAGAUAGGGUUGUUGCGGUGAAAUUCCUGUUUGGCAUUCCUGAUGACAUAGGUGAAGAAGAUAGUGUUCCUCAUGAAAACUUAAGCUACAUUCGUGAAUUGACCUCUAUGCUGAAGACCAUAGCCGCUGACCAUGUAGCUGACUCUGAUACUCAAACCCCUCUAUAUCAGGUUUUAGAAUCUGUGAAAUCAUUAAUACUGCUGUUGCAAAAACCUAGUUCUUCAUUGAAGCUGGAUGAUGUAUUUUCUAGUGAUUUUGUUCCUCUGCCACUAAAUAUUAUAGUUUCUUCAAAGAUCCAUAUAAUGUCAGAUGGUGGUGCUGAAAUGGCUGACGAUUAUCUUUACCAAGGAGCACUAGGAGACAAAUUUCAGUGGGAGUGUCCUGAAACAUUACCAGAUAGAUUGGCACAAUCAAAUCUUUCUGUUAAGAGGAAAAUGCCAUCACUUGAUGGCCCAAAUAGGCGUGCUAGAGGAGAAAAUUCCCCGGCUGAGACCCCAAAUCAAAAUGUGUUUUCACGAGGAUUGGGUUCAACUACUGCCUCGUCUGGCCCUACUCGUAGGGAUACCUUUAGGCAGCGCAAACCAAAUACCAGCAGACCUCCUUCCAUGCAUGUUGAUGACUAUGUUGCGAGAGAAAGAAAUGAUGGUGUUUCUAACUCUAAUGUAAUAGCAGUACAGCGAGUGGGAUCUACUGGUGGGAGACCUCCGUCAAUUCAUGUGGAUGAAUUUAUGGCCAGGCAAAGGGAACGCCAGAAUCCAGUGUCACCUGUAGUUGGGGAUGCAGCAGUACAGGUGAAGAGUGCGACUCCUGUGAACAAUACAGCUACGGAGAAGUUCAACAGACCUAAACAAUUGAAAGCGGAUCUUGAUGAUGAUCUUCAUGGAAUUGACAUAGUAUUUGACGGUGAGGAGUCUGAACCUGAUGACAAAUUGCCCUUUCCUCAGCCGGAUGAUAAUCUGCAGCAGCCUGCUCCUGUCGUUGUUGAGCAAAGUUCUCCCCACUCUAUUGUUGCAGAGACAGAGAGUGAUAUUCAUGACUUGGCCACGCCCUCAGCAUCUAAUAUGGAUGAGAACACACAAAGUGAAUUUUCUUCCAGGAUGUCAGUUUCACGCCCUGAAAUUCCAUUGACUCGAGAACCUAGUGUUACUUCAGAUAAAAAGUACUAUGAGCAUUCUGAUGACCCAAAGAAUGCUACACUACUCAGGACUUCUAGUGGUUUUGAUUCUGCAACAGCAGCAAAUAGUCCCAGAUUCCCUGUUUUUGCUUAUAAUAAUUCUUCAGCAUCUUCGGUACAAUUACCAGUUGAUUCUAGGAUGACUCCACAAAAUUUCUUUCCAAAGAAUAGUCCACAACAUGCUGGUAAUGCGCCUGUAGCUUCUGGAUCUCCAGGAUUUUAUGACCAGAGAUUUCUUCCAAAUCAACCUCCUUUACCUCCCAUGCCUCCUCCUUCAACAGCUGUGAUAUCUCAGACAUCUGAGUCAGUUCCAAGUCAAUCAUCCCUUUUUGUGAACUCUCUGACUGAUGUACAGCAGCAGCUUCCAACAGCCUUCCAGAUUCGUUCAGAUUAUCUUUCUGCAUUCAAUAAUGGUUCUACAUCUUCAAGAAAUUCUGUCUCUUCUCCCAAUGGGGCCGCCAGGCCACCACCCCCACUUCCUCCUACACCACCCCCUUUUUCUUCUAGUCCAUAUAAUUUAACGUCCAAUAGAACUAUUUCGCAGUCUUCAGUAUAUAACCAGACAAGUGUGGGAGCAAAUGAACUUCCUCAGAGCUCUACUGCACCCUCAAAUGAUGCUCGGUUAGGUGGUCUUUCUGCUUCAGGGGCCAGAGUAAAUACCUAUUCGCCACCUUCCUUAGUGCCACACAUGGUUUUCAGGCCAGGUUCUAAUUCUAUGAGUCUUUAUGGAAGCUUACCAACUCAGCUGCAAGGCGACAACGCAAGUAUUUUGCAGAAUCUAUCUAUUCCUCAGGCAAUUCAUUCCCUUGCUCAGUUGCAGCCACUGCAACCCCCACAGCUUCCACGCCCUCCGCAACCACCCCAACAUCUUAGGCCACCUUUACAAGCUUCACAACAGUUGGAACAAGGUGUAUCUUUGCAGAGCCAAGUUCAAAUGCAUCAUCCACUGCAGAUUCUGCAACAGCCACAGGUUUCACCUAUGCAUGCCUACUAUCAAUCCCAACAACAAGAGUUUGUUCAUGUACAGCAGCAACAGCAAGUUGACCAUUCUCAACUGCAAGCAAUGCAUCAAUCAGGGGAUGCUUCAUCCCAACAGCAACAAGAUCCGGGAAUGUCCUUACAUGAAUACUUCAAGUCUCCAGAAGCUAUUCAGUCUUUAUUGAGUGACCGAGAUAAACUUUGUCAGCUUUUGGAGCAGCAUCCAAAGUUAAUGCAGAUGCUUCAGGAGAAGUUGGGCCAGCUAUAACGGAAUGACUUGGACCUAUAAAUUGAUGAUCGAAGUCUUGCAUCCCCAAUGCAUAUGUUUGCAGGAGUUAAACCUUUGAUCAAUCAUUUAAUUUGUUUGUCCCCUGAAAUUUUGUAUUGAUAAUGUACUCUAAAAUGUGUAUAUUAAUAUUCUUUCCAUCUUUUUAGUGUAAUAUUGAAUUGUAAAAAAAAGUGUUAAUAUUGCUUUCUGUUAAUGUAAUUUCUGGCCGCGCUAAUUAGCUGCAAAUGUGUUUGAUCUGUA